CUGUUAAAUGAAAUUCAUUUAGGUUACGGAGAGUUUGGGGGCAUCCUAGAUUAGAUAUCCAGAAUCGAGACGCUUUUCCUUCUCAAUCGAUCGACGAUGGCGGCGAAAGAUGCCGAUCCCAGUCUUGGCUACCUAACGCGAAAGGAUACGGAGGUUAAGCUCCCGCGGCCGACUAGAGUCAAGAACAAAACACCGGCUCCUAUCCAAAUCACCGCCGAGCAGAUCCUCCGGGAGGCCAGGGAGCGCCAAGAAGCCGAGAUCCGACCGCCGAAGCAGAAAAUUACCGAUGCCGCCGAACUUGCCGACUACCGCCUCCGCAAGCGCAAAGAGUUCGAGGACCUCAUCCGCCGGGUCCGAUGGAACAUCAGCGUCUGGAUCAAGUACGCGCAGUGGGAGGAGUCGCAGAAGGACUUCAAUCGCGCACGUUCCGUAUGGGAACGCGCUCUCGAGGUCGAUUACCGGAACCACACGCUGUGGCUCAAGUACGCCGAGGUAGAGAUGAAGAACAAGUUCAUCAACCACGCCCGUAACGUAUGGGACCGUGCGGUGGCGCUUUUGCCGAGAGUGGACCAGUUGUGGUACAAGUACAUUCACAUGGAAGAGAUGCUCGGCAAUGUCGCUGGCGCGAGGCAGGUCUUUGAGAGAUGGAUGAAUUGGAUGCCGGACCAGCAGGGCUGGCUCUCGUACAUCAAGUUCGAGCUACGCUACAACGAGGUCGAGCGCGCUAGGCAGAUUUUUGAGCGGUUUGUUCAAUGCCACCCCAAGGUCGGUGCUUGGAUUCGGUUCGCCAAGUUUGAGAUGAAGAACGGCGAGGUUGCUAGGUCGAGGAACGUGUACGAGAGGGCGGUAGAGAAGCUUGCUGACGAUGAGGAGGCUGAGCAGUUGUUCGUUGCAUUUGCCGAGUUCGAGGAGCGGUGCAAGGAGACAGAGCGUGCGAGGUGUAUCUACAAGUUUGCUCUCGACCAUAUACCGAAAGGGCGAGCUGAGGACUUGUAUAGGAAGUUUGUGGCGUUUGAAAAGCAGUAUGGGGAUAGAGAGGGGAUUGAAGAUGCGAUAGUAGGGAAACGGAGGUUUCAGUAUGAGGAAGAGGUGAGGAAGAAUCCGCUGAAUUACGACUCUUGGUUUGAUUACAUUCGGUUGGAAGAGAGCGUGGGAAAUAAGGAAAGGAUUAGGGAGGUUUAUGAAAGGGCCAUUGCGAACGUUCCUCCCGCCGAGGAGAAGCGAUACUGGCAGCGGUACAUUUAUUUGUGGAUUAAUUAUGCCCUGUACGAAGAGCUUGAUGCUGGAGACAUGGAACGAACGAGAGAAGUGUAUCGUGAGUGUCUUAAGUUGAUUCCUCAUGAGAAAUUCUCUUUUGCAAAAAUAUGGCUUCUAGCUGCCCAGUUUGAGAUCCGGCAGCGGAAUCUCAAGGCUGCACGACAAGUCCUAGGAAAUGCAAUUGGGAAAGCUCCUAAAGAUAAGAUAUUCAAGAAGUAUAUUGAGAUAGAGCUGCAGCUUGGAAAUAUAGAUCGUUGCCGUAAAAUCUAUGAGAAGUAUUUAGAGUGGUCACCAGAAAACUGUUAUGCAUGGAGCAAGUACGCGGAGUUGGAGAGAUCUUUGUCUGAGACUGAGCGAGCUAGGGCUAUUUUUGAGCUUGCAAUUGCCCAACCAGCACUGGAUAUGCCGGAGUUAUUGUGGAAGACGUAUAUUGAUUUUGAAAUAUCUGAGGGUGAGUUCGAAAGGACCAGAGAGCUCUAUGAGAGACUUCUAGACAGAACAAAGCACCUGAAGGUGUGGAUAAGCUAUGCAAAAUUUGAGGCAUCUGCUAUGGAGGAGGAUGCUGGGGGCUUGGAUUUGGCAGAAGAUAGCAUCCAAGAAAAUCGCUAUGAACAAAAGAAACAAUGCAUUCAGCGUGCUAGAAGGGUUUUUGAGAAGGCUAUCAACUACUUAAGAACAUCUGCACCUGAGCUAAAAGAAGAGAGAGCAAUGCUGUUAGAGGAGUGGUUGACCAUGGAGAGCAGUUUUGGUGAGCUUGGUGAUGUUGGUUUAGUCCAGGCUAAGCUGCCAAAGAAGCUCAAAAAGAGGAGGCCUAUUGUAGCCGAGGACGGUCCUGCUGGGUAUGAGGAGUACAUUGACUAUCUAUUCCCCGAAGAAAACCAGACCACAAAUCUUAAGAUACUAGAAGCCGCCUAUAAGUGGAAGAAGCAGAAGCUCUCCUCUGACGAUGACUAGCACGGUUGCUUUUGUGACUCCGGCAUUUCAUGUAUGUAAAUACAACUUUUUCUAUUUAUAUUUUAACUGGGUUUAAAUGAAAUAGUUUACUAGCUAGUCAGAUUUUUCUUAAAUUUUGUGGCACCAAAAGACUUUGUUCUUGUGGAACUAAAAAUUUAGGGAGCGUUUAGGAAUUUAGACGCAGAGAAUGUAUUACCCUGGCGAGGAAGCAACAAUUCCUUCA